AACUUCCGGGAAGGGUUUACUUCCAAGACAGACACGGAAGUGUUGGGAGGCGCAGGGAGCCGGUUGGGUUGCCGGUGUCUCUGGCCCUGCGGUCAACCCUGGGAACGUCCCGGAGAGCUAGAUUCCUAGAGCCACGAUUCCGCUAGCCCCGAACAGACUAAGCCAGCGCUCCCGCCCGCUCCCCCGACUUAGGAUCCGAUGCCGGCAGCGUCCUGGGGCCCCCGUAGCGGGGCUGGACCAUGAGCCUGCUGGACGGCCUCGCCUCCUCCCCGCGGGCUCUGCUGCAGUCCAGCAAGGCCAGGAUGAAAAAGCUCCCGAAGAAGAGCCAGAACGAGAAGUACCGGCUGAAGUACCUGCGGCUGCGCAAAGCGGCCAAGGCCACUGUGUUUGAAAAUGCUGCUAUUUGUGAUGAAAUUGCUCGUCUUGAAGAAAAAUUUCUUAAAGCAAAAGAAGAAAGAAGGUACUUGCUAAAGAAGCUCCUCCAGCUUCAGGCUCUAACUGAAGGGGAAGUACAGGCUGCAGCUCCUUCCCACAGUUCCAGUUUGCCCCUGACUUAUGGUGUGGCCAGCUCUGUGGGAACUAUACAGGGAGCGGGGCCUAUUUCAGGGCCCAGCACUGGGGCUGAGGAACCAUUUGGGAAGAAAUCGAAGAAGGAGAAAAAAGAAAAAGGCAAAGAGAACAACAAACUGGAAGUUCUGAAGAAAACAUGCAAGAAAAAGAAAAUGGAGGGAGGUGCUCGCAAGCUGGUUCAGCCCAUUGCCCUGGAUCCCUCAGGACGGCCUGUGUUCCCCAUCGGACUAGGGGGUCUAACAGUAUAUAGCCUGGGGGAGAUCAUCACCGACCGACCUGGCUUUCAUGAUAAGAGUGCCAUCUACCCUGUGGGCUACUGCAGUACUCGAAUAUAUGCCAGCAUGAAGUGCCCAGACCAGAAGUGUCUAUAUACCUGUCAGAUCAAGGAUGGUGGUGUGCAGCCUCAGUUUGAAAUUGUUCCUGAAGAUGACCCCCAGAAUGCCAUCGUCAGCUCUUCUGCAGAUGCUUGUCAUGCAGAACUGCUCAGGACUAUAAGUGCUACUAUGGGGAAACUAAUGCCUAACCUGCUUCCAGCUGGAGCUGACUUUUUUGGGUUUUCUCAUCCAGCCAUCCAAAACUUGAUCCAGAGCUGUCCAGGAGCUCGAAAAUGCAUCAAUUACCAGUGGGUGAAAUUUGAUGUGUGCAAACCUGGAGACGGGCAGCUACCUGAGGGGCUGCCAGAGAAUGAUGCAGCUAUGAGCUUUGAAGCCUUUCAGAGACAGACCUUUGAUGAAGAUCAGAAUGAUCCCCUUCUGCCAGGAUCCUUGGACCUCCCAGAGCUUCAGCCUGCAGCCUUUGUGUCUUCUUACCAGCCCACGUACCUGACACAUGAACCCUUGGCAGAUACUCACCUGCAGCACUUGAAGUCUCCAUCACAGGGUAGCCCAAUUCAGUCUUCAGAGUGAACAAGAAGGGAUCAGAUGCCACAUCGUUUUCAUCGUAAUUAAUUUAAACUGAAAUUUUGGGUAUAUGGAAGAAGGCAGCAAUUCAGAAGUAAAGAAGAUAUUCACAUAUUUCAUCAUGGAGGGUCCUGUAGUGACGGUUUUCCCUGGGAAAAAUUUCAGCUGCUUUAUUUUUAGUAAUAAAUUUCUCUUGUCAAUUCUGUUUAUUUUCA